AUGAACCAUAUAAAAUCCAGUAUACUAAGGGCUAUGCCAAUGAAAUAUUAUGAUAUCGGAUUUAAUAUAGUAGAUCCUAUGUUUCAAGGAGUCUACCAUGGUAGGAAGUCUCACGAUUCUGACAUAUUACACGUCCUUAAUAGGGCUACAAGACAUAAUGUAAAAGCCGCUCUAUUAACUGGCUCAUCCAUCGAGGAAUCAAAAGAAACAAUCCAAAUGGCCUCUCAGUUAAGGGAUAAGACAAAUAUGAAUCUUUAUUACACGAUAGGUGUCCAUCCAUGUUGUGUCAAUGAGUUUUGUAACACCAAAUCACAAUCAUCUACCAUAGAUAACCCUUCAAAUGAUCACGAUUACAAUAAACUGUUACACGAUACUAUGUGGGACGAUUUAUCGUAUCCAAAAGCCAAGUUAAAAGAAUUAUAUGAACUCUAUGAAUCACAAUUAGCCAGUUCACAGUAUUUCAGAGCCAUAGGAGAAAUAGGUUUGGACUACGAUAGAUUGAAUUAUUCCUGCAAGGAUUUGCAACUACUCUUUUUUGAAGAACAGUUGAAGAUAUCCUGUUUAUUGGGCGAAAAAGGUGACAAAUUACCACUUUUCUUACAUAUGAGGAACUGCGGUACUGACUUUAUUAAAAUUUUAUCAAAGUUUAUAAAGGGAUUCACUGAUAACGAAGAUCGUUUCGAAAUGAAAAAACUUAUUAACACCAAUGAACCGAUAGUGUAUAGAUUUCAUCCAGAAAGAAAGUUUGUUGUACAUUCCUUUACUGACACUGUUGAAGAUAUGGAGAAUUUGCUAAAUCUUUCUCCAAAUUGUUACGUUGGAAUGAAUGGUGCAUCAUUCAGAAAUGAUGAAAAUAUAGAGGCAGUCAAAAAAGUUCCAAUUGACAGAUUAUUACUGGAAACCGAUGCACCUUGGUGUGAAAUUAAGAGAACUCACUCAUCUUAUAAGUACCUACAAGAUUAUAAAAUGCCUUUUAAUUCUGUAAAAAAAGAUAAAUUGGCCAAAAUAGAGGAAAUAGACUGGGAGGAAUAUAUGAUAAAAUCUAGAAAUGAACCUUGUACCAUGGAACAAAACGCUAUCGUUGUUUCAAAUAUCAAGAAUCUAGAAUUAGCAAAAGUUGCAGAGGUAGUCUGGGACACGACAUGUUCCAUUUAUGGUGAAUAA